AUGCCCCUCGACGUUACGAUCGACUUCGCGGACCGCUUCGCUGGCGUCUUCAAGCUAUGCUGCGAGGGCAACGCGAGGGUGAUCGCAAUGAGUGCGGCCGAGCUGAGCGGUUCUCCAGCCGUUCGCAAGCUCUCCGGGAAGGUGGACGGUGAUGACCAUCAUGUGGCCACGGUGGCUGCCAUGAAGCAGGCGCUCACCAAUUUCAUGAUGGACGAGGCCCACCUGGACAAGGAUAAGAAGAGCGAGCUGGUGAAGAACCUCGGAUGCGUGUGUCACGUUGGCGCGCUCGAUAUGAGGCAGGCCCUGGUGGUGCCGCCAGGUUGGCUCGUGGCGACCGCCGCGCCCGUCGGGCCGACGCGCUUCCUCGGCGUGUCGGUCCCGUUCCUCGAUCCAACAGCCUGCGGCUUCCUGCGCCGCCUGCCCCCUGAUCUGGAGAUCCUCGACAAAUUACCGAAGGUCAAGGGCGAGGGUGACGUUAGGAUGUUGGCCGAUGGUGGUGCCGAGGAGAAUCGUGAUGAUAAGCCAGAUGCUGCUGAGGCUAAGCCAGAUCAGAAGCCUGAGGAUGAGCCACAGGAGCCUGCCGGGCUUGACGAUGAGGCUUCGCCCGGGGCAGAGGGCGCUGCGGAGAAGGCUGAGAAGUCUCAGGCUGAGUAGGGGCUCGCGCCGCCCGCGCCUGGGCCAAGCUGAGCGGCAGCUCAGCAGCUGAGCCCGUCCAAGACUGGUGUCCUAGGUCCUAG